AUGACUUCUCUUGAUUCAUUUAAUAUAGUUGUUGUCUCGAAGUAUUUUACUUCCAUUCAAGACUUCAUUCACUUGGUCUUAGUGUGCAAGAAAUUCAGAAGCACUUUCGACCAAUUCCACGCAAAUCCCAUUCCUUUGACUACUAAGACAAUUAAACACUUUCCAAAUAUAGAAACACUCAAUUUAUGGAGUAAAGAAGAUGAGACUUUUGGCAACGUUAUUUCAGAGAUACCUUCCAAGCCCUUUUUUGCGGUUAUUGUGUGGUACCCCUGUGACUAUUCUUACAUUAAAACUUACGAGAGCACCAAUGUGAAGUUUAUGAAUAUCACAUACAACUUAGUUGAUUUCAAGAAGUACGGCAGUGACAUCCCAAAGUACACCAAGACCCUUGGCAGUUUCUGUUAUGCCACCAAACCAAUCGCCUCUCUGACAUUACCCGACACUCUACAGACCAUUAUGAAUAAUUGUUUCAACAGUUGCACUCUUUUAAAGUCGAUUCGCCUUUCCCCCUUCACCACUUCAAUUCAGUCCCAGUGUUUUAUUGAAUGCGUGUCUUUACAAUCAAUUCUAAUUCCCUCGGGCGUCGACCAAAUCGGGUCGUCACUU